CAAUAUUCGGAAUAAGGCUAUUUCUAACCAAACGAAAGAAUUAAUGUAUUCUAUUACUAAAUUAAAUACACAAGAAGAAAUAUUGAACAUAUUAGAAAAAAUCAAGAAAUCCGAUGAACCGGGAGCAGCAGAGUGGGUCAAUGAUAAAUAUAAGCUAUGGAUAUUGGCUGGACUUUCAUCCGCAUUUACUCAAAUGGAUGCUGAUAUUUGGAAUCAAACGCCAAAUAAUACUAAUGUUAGUGAAUCAGCACAUGCUAAUAUAAAUCACGAUGGUCGAUCUUUAUCUUUAUUAGCAGCAAUAUACCGGGGUAAUGAUUUUGAUCAACAUCAAUGGAAUUCAGCAAAAAUGUAUGAAAAGUAUAACGUACAUGAAUUGUAUAGAAAUAAAUCUGAAUUAGCCCGAUUGACAAAUAAUUCAAAAAGAACCCGUCCAUAUCACAAAAAAAAACGCAAAAACCAAUCAUCAAAUGAAAAAAAUGAAGAUUUGUCUUUAUCUUCUAUAUCAACUUUAACCAUGGUUCCUAUGUUACAAGAACAAGACAAUUAUAUUGAAUGGGAAAACAAAAAACUUGAAUUACGGCAAAAAAACUUAGAAAUUCUAAAGGAGGAAAUUUUAUUACGUGAACAACUUAAUAGUUUAAAACAAUCAUAA